AUGGAAAGAAUGAUAGAAUAUGUAGUCUUCGACAUGGAUGGCCUUCUCAUUGACACGGAAAGGGUGUAUACCGAAGUCACUAAUGAUAUCCUCGGUCGCUACGGAAAGACCAUGACAUGGGACAUAAAGGCACAGCUCAUGGGCAAACUACGACUUGCAUCUGCGACGCACCUGCUCUCUUGUUUCCCUGACAUCGAUAUCACGAUCGACCAAUACCUCACAGAGGCCGAAGAGAAGCAAGAUGCGCGGUGGCCAACCGUGCAGCUCCUCCCAGGUGUACAGAAGCUAAUUCAGCACCUGGUAAAACACAACGUGCCGAUCGUAGUCGCUACUGCCUCCUCGCGACGAAACUUUGACCGCAAGUCCGAAAAUCUCAAGGAAUUCUUCGACUACUUUCAAGGGAAUAUCGUCUGCGCUGAUGAUGUGGCAGGCAAAACGACGGGAAAGCCUGAUCCGUAUAUCUUCCUGCAUGCUGCAGGUGUCCUAGGCAAGAUAGUAGGCACUACGGAACAGUGCACCGACGCUGAGGCCGUGGAGAGAAGCAAGGGACUCGUUUUUGAAGAUGCCCUUUAUGGUGUCCAAGCAGGGAAAAGAGCCGGAAUGUCAGUCGUUUGGGUACCUGACGAACGCCUUCUGAAGGUUGUCAGUGCCAGCACAUACCUCCCAGAUGAGACACUCACGUCCAUCGAGCAUUUUAAGCCGGAGAAGUGGGGCCUCCCACCUUACGACGCUGAUUGA